AGAUGAGAGGUGAGGAAAUUGCAGCCUUACAUUCUUGUUGAGUUAUAGAAAUAUUAUUUAGCAUAUAUAAGAAAAAAGGAUUGCGGGUUAUGUGUUGCCUUAUCCUAUCUUUUCCAAUAUCCGCUCAAAAUUCACAAAAAUUUACAAGACUCUCUCUCUCUCUCGACGCCUCUCGCUCUUGGCCCGGCCUACUUCCCUGGCUACUCGACCUCACUUUUUCCUUUUAACGAGCCUCCACGAAUUCUUGGACUUGGAGCAGCAUAUAUAUACAUAGUUUAGAGUCACACUAUGAUUUUCAUGCAUUUAUACUCCUCAACGAUGUGAUUAUUUCCGAAAUUCAUUCAUUUCAAUUCCUCUUAAUUUCCUUCGCUUCCUUCUUUUUUUCAGCUUCUAUUUAUUCUCGCUCUCGUUUCAUUUAUUCUUCGAAUUUAACGGCUACUUCUCCUUCUUUUCCACAUUGUUUGUUUGUAUACAACUUUGUUUAUGAGUUUCGCAUAAUCUCUCUCAUUAUAUACAUAUAUAUAUUGUUACAUAAUCAAGCGUACAAUGGCUCCUAAAACUGGAAAGACUAAACCCAACAAAGCCAAAGGAGACAAGAAGAAGAAAGAAGAGAAAGUUUUACCAACUGUAAUAGAAAUAACUGUAGAGACACCUGAGGAUUCACAAGUGACACUAAAGGGGAUAUCAACAGAUAGGAUCUUAGAUGUCAGGAAACUAUUGGCCGUCCAUGUCGACACGUGUCACUUGACCAAUUACUCAUUAUCCCAUGAGGUUCGAGGGGCAAGAUUAAACGAUUCGGUGGAGAUUAUGGCUCUCAAGCCGUGUCACCUUGCCAUUGUCGAAGAGGAGUACACGGAACGGCAAGCCGUGGAUCAUAUUAGACGGCUUUUAGAUAUUGUCGCCUGCACAACCUACUUCGGCGGUUCACUCACUUCACCCAGAACCGGAUCAAAAACCGGGACUAAAGAACCCGGUUCUCCUGACUCGAAUUCCGGUUCACAGAAUGCGGCUAUCGAAUCCUCUCCGAAGUCCAAAUCCGCCGUUUCGCCGAAGUCCAAGCCCGGGAAGCCGGAGGUUUCGGCCGCCGUCACCGGAUCGGAUGCGGCGGCGAAGGGCGAAGCCGCGGCGUCGAUGAUGUACCCUCCGCCAAGGCUAGGGCAGUUCUACGACUUCUUCUCGUUCUCUCACCUCACUCCACCCAUUCAAUAUAUUAGGAGAUCAAGUCGACCGUUCCUUGAGGAGAAAACAGAUGAGGAUUUAUUUCAAAUUGAUGUGCGGAUUUGCACCGGGAAGCCGACAACAAUAGUUGCCUCUCGAAAAGGUUUUUAUCCGGCUGGAAAGCGUAUUCUUGUAAGCCACUCAUUAGCUGGUCUUUUGAAGCAGAUAAGCAGAAUUUUUGAUUCUGCAUUUAAGGCCCUGAUGAAAGCUUUCACCGAGCACAACAAAUUCGGGAAUCUUCCAUAUGGUUUUCGAGCAAACACUUGGUUAGUACCCUCUGUUGUUGCUGAGAACCCGUCUAUAUUCCCUCCACUUCCUAUUGAAGAUGAAAAUUGGGGAGGAAGUGGAGGCGGACAAGGAAGAGACAGGAAGCACGACUACAGGCCGUGGGCAAAGGAACUUUCUGUCUUGGCAGCAAUGCCAUGUAAGACAUCCGAGGAGCGCCAACUAAGAGAUAGGAAAGCCUUUCUCCUUCACAGUCUACUUGUUGAUGUUUCGGUUUUCAAAGCUGUUGCUGCAAUAAAGCAUCUAAUAGACAACAAUCAGCAGCCUGCAAGUAACUCUGCUUCAUCAUUAUUACAUGAGGAAAGAAUUGGAGAUCUACUCAUUAGCGUCACAAAAGAUCCGCCAGAUGGAAGCACUAAGUUGGAUAGCAAAAAUGAUGGGAGCAAGGUUCUCGGAAUUACACACGAAGAAGUAACUCAAAGAAACUUGCUGAAAGGCAUAACUGCAGAUGAAAAUGCAACCGUACAUGAUACUUCUACUUUAGGUGUUGUCGUUGUUAGACACUGUGGGCACACAGCCAUUGUUAAAGUUUCAGCCGAGGUAAAUUGGAACGGCAAAUCCAUUCCUCAGGAUGUUGACAUUGAAGAUCAUCCUGAAGGAGGAGCCAAUGCAUUGAAUAUUAAUAGCUUGAGAAUGCUGUUGCACAAAGCCACGCCCCAAUCACCCAACCCAGUUCAAAGAGUUCCGAAUGCUGAUAUGGAAGAAUUACGCUCCAGUUGGCCUUUGGUGAGGCAGGUGCUAACUGAAAGUUUAAAGACUCUUCAGGGAGAAGAUUCUACACUGAAAAAGUCAAUUAGAUGGGAGCUUGGUGCAUGUUGGGUGCAACACUUGCAAAAUCAGGCUUCAGGUAAAGAUGAGCCUAAAAAGAAUGAAGAGGUUAAAGUUGAGCAAGCAGUCAAGGGUCUUGGAAAGAAUGGUGGAUUGCUGAAGGAUAUUAAAAAGAAGUCGGACGAUCAAAUAAAUAAAUCUGACGUAAACAAGGAAGUUUCUGCUAAUUGCAGUUCUGAUGCAAACAAGGACUUUGAAAAAGAUGACAACGAGAUUGUAUGGAAAAAUUUGAUUCCUGAAUCAUCAUAUUUGCGCCUUAAAGAAUCAGAAACUGGUCUUCACCUUAAGACACCUGAAGAGUUGAUUGAGAUGGCGCACAAAUACUAUGCUGAAACCGCCCUUCCAAAAUUGGUUGCUGAUUUUGGGUCACUCGAACUUUCACCGGUUGAUGGUAGGACGCUGACAGAUUUUAUGCAUACCAGGGGUUUGCAGAUGUGCUCCUUGGGCCGUGUGGUCGAACUAGCAGACAAGCUCCCUCAUGUUCAGUCCCUUUGUAUUCACGAGAUGGUUGUUCGAGCUUAUAAGCAUAUCCUUCAGGCUGUUUUGGCAGCAGUCGAUGAUAUUGCUAAUAUGGCUUCAUCGAUUGCUUCUUGUUUGAAUUUGUUGCUGGGGACACCUGCUGCACAAAAUGGUGAUGCAGACGUAAAUAAUGCUGAAGAAUUGAAAUGGAAGUGGGUAGAGACAUUCCUUUUUAAGAGGUUUGGCUGGCAAUGGAAUGAUGAGGCACGCAAUGACAUAAGAAAGUUUGCUAUUCUUCGUGGACUCUGCCACAAGGUUGGGCUUGAACUUGUUCCGAGAGACUAUGAUAUGGAUUCUCCCUUCCCAUUCAAGAAAUCAGAUAUAAUCAGCAUGGUGCCUGUUUAUAAACAUGUCGCUUGCUCAUCUGCUGAUGGACGUACACUUUUGGAAUCAUCCAAGACUUCCUUGGACAAGGGCAAAUUGGAGGAUGCUGUUACUUAUGGAACAAAGGCACUCUCGAAACUGGUUUCUGUCUGUGGUCCUUAUCAUCGAAUGACAGCAGGGGCAUAUAGUCUGUUGGCUGUGGUGCUCUACCACACUGGGGACUUUAAUCAGGCCACCAUAUACCAGCAAAAAGCUUUAGAUAUCAAUGAGAGAGAGCUUGGUCUGGAUCAUCCAGACACAAUGAAAAGCUAUGGAGAUUUAGCUGUCUUCUACUAUAGACUCCAACACACUGAGCUGGCAUUGAAAUAUGUCAACCGUGCUUUGUAUCUCCUGCAUCUAACUUGUGGCCCUUCUCACCCAAAUACUGCUGCCACCUAUAUCAACGUAGCUAUGAUGGAAGAAGGUCUGGGGAAUGUCCAUGUUGCUCUUAGAUAUCUCCAUGAGGCUCUCAAGUGUAACCAAAAACUUCUGGGAGCUGAUCACAUACAAACAGCGGCUAGCUAUCAUGCUAUUGCAAUCGCUCUCUCGUUGAUGGAAGCAUAUUCCCUAAGUGUUCAACACGAACAAACCACUCUUCAGAUACUGCAGGCUAAACUAGGAUCAGAAGAUCUACGUACACAGGAUGCGGCUGCAUGGCUGGAAUAUUUCGAGUCCAAGGCGCUGGAGCAGCAAGAAGCUGCACGCAAUGGCACUCCAAAACCAGAUGCGUCUAUCUCUAGCAAAGGCCAUUUGAGUGUUUCGGACCUAUUGGACUACAUAACCCCUGAUGCAGAGAUGAAAGCAAGGGAAGCCCAAAAGAAGCAAGCUCGUGCCAAGCUUAAGGGAAAAGUUGGUCCGAACUCGGAAACUGUGACGGAUGAAUAUCAAAAGGGUGAGUUCACAAUGGAAAGUGAACCUGUGGCAGAGAACUCCAGCGAUAAAGAAAAUAGAUCUGGAGUGGAAAACAAAUCCGAGCCUCAUUUUGUGGGCACGAUUAAGAAUACUGAUUCAUUUGUUGGAGAGAAAACAUUGUUGGACGAAAAUGAUAGCGUUGGAAAGGAUGAUAUCUCCGAAGAAGGAUGGCAAGAGGCUAAGGGGCGCUCUCUUAUGGGCCGCAAGCCAUCUGCUUCCAAGAGGCCGAGCCUUGCAAAAUUGAACACCAACUUUCAGAUUGCUUCUCAUCCGUCUAAGUCCAGAGGUAAACCAAGUGGUUUCAGCUCUCCUAGAACAAGUCCAAAUGAAAACACAGCUUCAUCUGGCCUGGCUCCACAGGGUCCUAAAAAGUUCAUCAAAAGUGCUAGCUUCAAGCUGAAGCCGAACGGCCCUUCUACACCAGCUAGUGCCAAAGAGAAACUGGCCAACGCAAAAUCAGCUCCUAAUAGUCCAAGCCCAGCUUCCAGUGAAGUUGCUAAAGCUUCUAUUGUUAGUUCUGUAAGCGUUCAUGGCGCAGGAAAGCUUUUCUCGUACAAAGAGGUAGCUUUAGCUCCACCAGGUACCAUUGUUAAGGCUGUUGCGGAGCAGAAUUCUGCAGAAGAAAAUCUGCAGGCAAUCAAGGAGGAGAGUAGCUCUGAUACAACAGUAUCAACAUCAAAGAAAGUGGAUGCAGAUCAAACUCAAAAACUGGUGGUUGAGGUAAAAGAGAUGGAUGGAACUAGCAAGGAGGAAGAUCAACAUGCGACUAAAGGUGCUUCUGAAAAUUCAAAACAUUCUGUAACUGGUAAUGAACUAGAAACGACAGUUGAAACUACGGAAGCUGACAAUGGGCACGAAUCAAACUCAGGACCUGUGGCUUCUGCUUCGUCUGAGGGUCUAAAUUCUACUGCUUCCAAAAAAGAAGCAUCUGAAAUGCAAGUUAUGACCGAUCUUGAAUCUCCAUCAGACUCUAUGGAUACUACCGCUCAGUUGGAGAAUGAUGCCUCUGGUUUGAAAGAAAAGGUGGUGGACGAAGAGACGAAGGCUGAUUCAUGUAAUGAAAGUGAAAGUGCUGGUUUGCUGACAGAUGAGGAAGCGAACCAAGUUAAUGGAGGUGGUGCUCCAUCACCCACUGAAGCUGAAAAGCAAGUUGAUAUAGAGACUGGAAAGGAAACAUCCAAGAAACUAUCUGCUGCAGCUCCUCCAUAUACUCCGUCGACAAUUCCAGUUUUUGGCUCUAUACCCCUACCUGGUUAUACAGAGCACGGUGGAAUAUUGCCACCUCCAGUGAAUAUAGCACCGGUGCUUACAGUUAACCCUGCCCGUAGGUCACCGCAUCAAUCUGCUACUGCUAGAGUUCCAUAUGGUCCUCGCCUCUCAGGUGGCUAUAACAGAUCUGGCAGUCGUGUCCCACGGAAUAGGCCUGCAUUCCACAAUGCUGAAAACAAUGGGGACCCAAAUCACUUCAACCCUCCAAGAAUAAUGAAUCCACAUGCGAAUGAGUUUGUACCCGGCCAAUCAUGGGUUACAAGUGGCUAUUCAGUUGCCCCGAAUGGUUAUAUCCCUACACAAAACGGGGUUGCUUUCACCUCGAACGGGUAUCCUUUAUCACCAAAUGGAGUAGCAAUGGCACAUGAUGGCUUCCCACCGUUACCAAAUGGUACGCCCGCAACUCAAGAUGGACUUCCAGUAUCUUCAGUAGAUCCAACAGAUUCACCUGCAGAAGAGAAUACUGAAGUUGAUGAAGAAGUCAGUCAUCAUGCCGUGGCAGAGGGCAAUGUACCGGAAUCAUCAACAAUCAUCCCCUUGGAAACUACAGAAGCACAGGAAAAUGUUAAAGAAGAAACUCAUUCGGAACAGACAAUAGAGAAUAAUGAUUGUCAACCUGGAGGAGAGUGUACCGAUGCUGAUGCAGAUGCAGAUGCAGAAUCUCCUAAUGCCGUUUCUCCAGAUGGUAAGAGUACUGUCACGGUGGCUGUCGAAGGAAAGACAAUCAAACGUUGGGGUGAUUACAGUGAUGGUGAAGCAGAAGUUGCUGAGGUUACCGAAGCAGCAAAUUAGAAGGCUGUAUAUAUUUUUGUAGGCGAGUCUCCUCUUGAUCAGGGGACUCAGUUGCGAAAUGAUGGGAACGUUUCUUUCCUCUUGGUGAAAAUUCUGUACGAAUCCAGGAGGUGUAGUUUGAUUACGUUCUAGCUCGUUUGGUGAAAAAUCAUCAAGUCAAGCAAAGCAACGGAGAGUUUUGAUCUUCAAGAACUGAUGCAGCAAUUGGCCGACAGCUCAAAUACUUCACCGCACCAUCCUUCAGUUCGAUUCGGUCAUUCUUAAACGAGACAGGAACUGCCUUGUACUUGUUGAUCAGGCAUUCUAUUUGGAAUAACCAUGAAAGGGGCACAGUUCAGUACAAAUUAGUUUCUGGCCUUUUGUAAUAGUCAAGUUUUGACGUGACACUAAAUCCUCUUGUAAUAACUAGACAGUAGAUUCCAAUUCUGCUUUGCACGAAACUGCUGUGAUUUGCUAAUUUUCAGCUUCCUUAAUAUAUGAGUAGAGGCUGCCUUUUCUGCUGAAAA